AUGGAGGCAGCACAGACUAGUGCAAACCAACAAACACAGGGCAGUAGUAACCCAGCUGUUACAGCUCAGUUUAUUAUGCCAUGGUUUAUGGGGGCAGCUUGGAUCCCAAAAUUUAAUGGGGAUAAAACAAAGUUUGAAGAAUGGAGGGGUCAGGUGGAGGCCAUGCUGAGGGCCCAAGGACUAAACCCACUACAGCAGGCAGACUUCCUUUCGGGGGCUUUAGAGGGAGAGGCCAAGCGGGAGUUACAGCUUGUGGAACCUGGAAAUAAGAACACUGGAGAGAAAGUAUUAGACAUAUUGCAAAAACUAUGGCGGGAACGAGACGCUGGUGGCACCGAAGAGGGUGAUGACCUCCUACUUGACCAGCUGAUGGUAGGCUUGUGCGCUGGGCCUGUUAAACAAGAGUUGAGCAGACAGAUGCGGCGGGAUGCACGUAUGACGUUUGCGGCGGCCUGUAAAGAAGCACGGGCCUUGGAGCAUGAGCUACAGGAAGGAGACGAUGCCAUCCUCUCCCAGAGGAUUACAGCCCCGACUCAAGACACUACAGCUGACCUGGAGCUGCUAAAGACUCAAAUACGGGCAGAAUUACAACAGGGACUGAUGGGAGAAGUGAAGGACUGGGCAUGUACAACGCCGUUGUCCUCAAAGACCAUCUGGGCGGCGGGAUUUUUAAGUCCCCCUACAGCUGCGGGCCAAGUAGUGGGGGCAGUCACACAGCAUGAAGAGCCCAUACGACCACACCAGUCUGCCUUGAUAGAAUCCCUGCCUGACAGCGGCCAAGAAUGGUGUGUGGCUCGCAUUGUGACCACGCUGCAAGGCGGACGAGUGCCCUGUCGUCUAUGCAACCCCAACCCUUAUCCUGUGGAGGUUCCUCAGCGUCAGCCCCUGGCCGCAGUGACGGAAGUGACCCCAACUGACAUCCAAGGUGAACGAGAGCUCGUCAUCCACAGCGUGGCAACCGAUGUCGUUGAAGUUGAGCGUCAAGUGACCUACCUUGGACAUGUCAUCAGUGAACAGGGUGUAGCCACCGAUCCAGCUAAGACUGCAGCAGUGAAAGAUUGGCCAAUCCCCCACACUGUAAAGCAGAAUGACCAGGUGCCAGAUGAACCGAGACCGGCGACGAUUGUCCAAACAAAUGCCUUACCCCCUCCAACCUGGUGGCUACCGAGAUUGUUGGUAGGUGCCGAUCAACAGCCACUUAUGAAUGUAGGGGGGCCAGCCCCGGCUCAUCCACCUGACCCUCCAGUGGGACCUGAGUCCUUGCUUGGUGAGUUGAAUCAGCCCAGUGUACGUCGCUCCCAGCGAGCUAAUCAGGGAGUACCACCAGUUAGGUACCGUGCUGAGUAGGUGGUCGGGACGACCUCCAUUAAAGAGGGGGGGAAUGUCAAAAGUAGAACACUUGCUGUGUUGUUAUGACUCAUUGAUCCAAAUGGUUUGCUGUUUAUUUUGUGUGCGGUGUAUAUUUAGUGAUUCAUUGGGUUUGGGUGUAUACUGUGUGCAGUGAAGUUUGCUGUGUUUAUGUCAAUACUAUUUGCUGUGGAUUGUUGUGACACUGUGUGCUUGAACUAUGGGUCCGUGAUUGCAUAGCGAUCAGCUGAUUAUUACAGCCAGCUGACUACCCCCUCUGCGUAGCGCUUACUGCACGUGAGACUUGUUUGACUGCUAAUUGAUGACCAGGUGGGGACGUGACAUGAGAGUUUGAUCAGAGACACGGAGGCAGGAGGAGAAAAAGGAAACACACAGGCAGCACGCGACAGGAAGAAGAGAGCUGGAGUGGGGUGCCGCGUUUGGAGAACGGGACCUGAGGCCUGAUUCCACGCAUUUUAAAGCUAAGUAAAGGAAAGUCCGUCUGCCGAUAGCGAAGUGAGAGUGGGAUAUGAGUUAUCUGCUUGCGACUUAGGAGCUCUCCCUCUCUUCUAGUGUGUGGCUGUAACCUGCGCAGUGAGCCUGCCUGCAACCGCAAGACAACGUGACACCAACGGCCGGAUGAGUUUGGUUCAACACUCACUAAAAGCUAAGUAAAGGAAAGUUGGUUUACCUGCGUGCGUGUGUGUACAUAAUAAUUGUCUACUGGGGUGCGACGGAGACUGAGAGCCUCUUUUUGUUGUCCUUAGAGUGUCAGAGUGACUGGGGCCUGCUUGUAAAAGUAAGACGACGUGGCGCCGGCUGUCAUAUGUGGAGUUUCACCCUACGUUCGCUAUUGACUGUUUCGGAAUGACUGGAGCCUGCCUGCAAUAACCUGCCUGCCGAACUAAAUGGACUUGACACCAUAUGCCUAAUUUCCCUAUUGAACUCUGGGAGUUUUAUCUUUAGCCCUGUGCUAUUGGACUGAAUGUUUUAUGGACUCUUUUGUGAUAUAAUGUGCAUAUUUUAUGGGGUGUGUGUUGUGUACGUUUAAUAAAGUGUUAAACGGUCUUUCCAUUCUCCAACAGUGGAA